AAAAUCCUUACUUUAGUGGUGCAAAUAGAUAAAUGCACAAGUUUAAGGAAGAAAUAUAAAUAGUCGAUAGUUUAAAUUAAAAUCAGCUUAAAAUCCGAAUAUAGUGUUUCAAACUAUUGCAGUACAACUAUACAGGAAAUUCAAAGAUGGCACACAAAUCGACUAUAUUCCUGUCUACUACAUCAGUAUUACUUAUUGUUUAUGUGUCUUUAUUUAGUGUACUUCAACAUUCCGGUAAACUAAGGGACUCAAGCUUAAAGACUCACGAGACAAGGUAUUUUGAUUCUAUAGAAGAGGAAAGUGAACCAGUUAAAAAAGAACCUUCAUUUCAAGCAAGAAAUAAUGUAUUAGAAGUGGUGAAUUAUGAACAGACGGUCCCACAUAAUAGAGUUAAAAGAAAUUCAGCAGAAGAAAAAGAAGACGAAUUAAAAGAAUUGCCAAUAAUUCAUGUAAUAACUCCAACAUACAAACGCAUGAAUCAAAUACCGGAAAUGACAAGAGUUGCAAACACUUUGAAGAAUGUAAAAUCUAUACAUUGGAUAGUUGUGGAAGAAGGAAACCAAACUCUUCCGGAAGUCAAACAACUUCUAAUAAAAUCAGGGAUUGAUUUUACCUAUUUGUCUGCAAAACCAUAUAAAAAUUUAACAACAAGUCUAAAAGGGAUUCACCAAAGGAAUAAAGCAAUAUUUUGGUUACGAAAGAAUGUUGACUUGUCAAAAGAUGGCGUGGUUUAUUUUGCUGAUGAUGACAAUACGUAUGAUUUGGAACUUUUUGAAGAGAUGAGAUACACCAAGAAAGUAUCAGUGUGGCCAGUGGGGUUUGUUUCCAGAAGAAAAUACCAGACACCAAUUCUUAAAAAUGGAAAGGUGAUAAAAUUUAAUGCAUGGAAUACCGAAAACAGAAAAUUUCCAAUAGAUAUGGCAGGAUUUGCAUUGAAUACUAAGAUGUUUUAUUAUAAUCCUCAGUUGUAUUUUUGGAAGACAUUUCGUGUUGGUUACCAGGAAACAAUGUUUUUGGAAAUAUGCUGCUUACUGAGUGAUUUAGAACCAAAGGGAAAUGGAUGCACGAAGGUUCAUGUAUGGCACACAAAAGCCAGAGACCCAAUAAUUGAACACUCAAGUUAUAACGACACAGAGCAGGCAUCAACAAACCAUAAAUAUGAAAUGAAAAAGGAAAAAGUGUCUUCCAUAGGAAAAGCUAGGAAGAAAUCGACGUAGUUGAUAAUAAUAGACGGUCAAGUGAUUUGAUGUGUUUUGUGAGAGUGAGAUGGAGGGAGAGAGUGGGUGAGCGAGCGAGAGAGAGAGAUCAUGUGAUGAUACACUCAUUGUUGUAACGGAUUUUCAAAACUCCGGUACAAUGAAUGACUCAUCUUAUCUAGAUUUAUUUCUAACAGACUGCUAUUUUAUUUUUGAUAAUUUUUGACAAAGAAGAUGUGAUGUAGUUGAUUUUUCACCCUUUUCUUCAUACUUAAUAUUAUGUUUUGAAUAUUUAUGUAAAUUGUUUUCUUUGAUAUGUAAAAUGAUCGAAUAUGCGUUUGUUGCAAUAUUAAAAUGUUAAGAUAGAGCGGGAAAGACUUAGCUAAUGUGUACCUUCAAACUCGCAAUUGUUAUUAUUAUCAUUAAACGUAUUAGAAUAAUAACAAGAUCAGGUGUGGAUCCAUGUUUUGCAAAAGAAGGUGGCGCAUGACAAGUUGAGGAGUGAGACUUUUAAAAAGUCUAUGCAUUUACCAUAUAUUUAGCUCAAAUAAGGGGGAGGGUGGGCCUCUCUGCCCCCCUUAAACCCGCCUCUGAAGACACAGAAGGUUACUUACAAACACUUUGCAUAAUUUUAAUUUUCUGUAUUCGCCUUUUCAGAAUCUAAAGGACUAUGGGUAAUCUCAUUGUUCGUACACCAAAAUGAAAAUAACGUUACGUCAUUGGUUGAAUUUCCAUUGUUUAGAACGUUUUAAACCAAUCACAACGCUUUUGAAAAUAUUACCCAGAAUGCAUUAGAUUCUGAAACGGCAAUGUACUAAUGAACUUUUUUUCUAACUUUUUUAUUUUCCCGCAUUUGCGCAGAAAUCGCUUUCUUUCUUCCGGUCUCAUUUGUCAUGAGACUUUGGGUAUAUUUUUCAGUCAAAUAUAUAGGAAUGAACACAAUAACAAUUUCAUUUUAAUUAUUCUCUGAUAUGAAAAAAAAACGUUACCUGAUUAUAGCGUCUCUUUGUUUACAUUGAAAACAAUUUUGGCAAAUGUAUAUCCUUUUCAUGUCCUUUUUUCAGUUUAUGGUAGACUUGCUUAAUGUUAUUUUGUUAAUCGUUUGACAUUUAACAAAAAGAAACUAACAUUAAAAGUUGUAUCAAG